UUUGUGUUUAUAUAUUAUAUUGAUUGAUGAAAUUGGAUUCGAAAAAAAAACCAAACAUAUUCUUGAAUUACUGAAUCCAUUCAAACAAUUUCAAUCGAUAAUCAUCAUCAUAUGUUAUAUUUAAUAUUCUGGACCAACAGCAGUAGUUCUAUUCCAUUCUAUUAUCACCAUCAUCAUUGGAUGGAACAAUUCCAAAUGUAACAUCGCAAAUUACAUUAACAUCAUCAUCAUCUUAUAUUUGCGCACAUUUCGGUCAAUAUGUGUGUGUGUGAAGAAUAUAUUUUUCUAUUUGAAAAUGAAUUUUUUCUUUAUGUUUUUUGUUCAUGAUUUGAAUUUCAGAUCCAUUCUUAAAUGACUGUCCCGUAUUAUUAUUAUUAUUAUUAUUGUUAUGAUGAUGAUGAUAAUGUUCAUUCGUCGGUGACACAAGUAAGUGGGCAACAAAAACACACAAGUAACUAUAUAUCAAUGUCUUUUUUAGAUUUUAUUGUCGGCUAGAUUUUUUUUCUUUGGAUUUUCUCGAUAUAUCACACCAGUCAGCAAACCAACCAUCACCAUCAUCAUCAACAUCAACAUUUUAAGUAGUAAUUCCAUUUCCAAGGUGAUUCGGAUCUCUAGCUAUUAUAUAGAUUAUAUCACAAGAAACGCCUUUUUUCUAACUAUAAUUUGAUUCAAUUAUUUGCUUGUAUGUUGAACGAUUAUCGUGGUGGUGGUGGUGUUGGUCGCUGUAUUCUUCGCUUCAUUUUCGAUUGAUGGGCGCUCUAGUCAAGCCGUAUCCGUAUUGUAUACACACACACACACAAACAUCAUCGGUAUCGUUAUUGAAUAUAUAUUGGAACCAACUGUAUGUGUGUGUGUGUUUGUAUGUUUGUUGGAUUGAUGAUGCGCGUAUAUACCAAAAUGAUAGUGAUGGUACAGUAUUUCAUUUGACAGAUAUAUUCGAAAAAAAUGAAAGAAAAAUUGGAACAGCAGCAUUGUAGUUGAUGCUUUUGCUUCUCGUUCGAUAGUCGGUACCAUCAUCAUCAUUAUUAUCAAAUCGAGUCCAUCUCAAUCCGUUAAUAACUAAAAAAAAAAUCAUCCUUUUUUUGUUCGUUUUUUGGUUCAAUUAAUCAAAAAUGAUGAUUACUAUAUUUGUGUAAUUGUGUUUGUGUUUGUGUUUGAUUUACAUUCAUCAAGUCUUUCACUUUCAACCAUCGAUUUACUGCCAUUUUGAUGAUAUUUUUUUUGUAUCAUCUCAACAUUAUAAUUGAUUCAUUUUUUCAGCGUGUGCGUUCGUGUUUUAUUCUGUAUGAAUUAAUGGUCUCAUCAGAUGCUAGUCAAAAACAUACAAUCCGGUCAUCAUUAUACUAAUCUAAAAUAAAUGUGAAGAAAAUUUUGAAAAAUUUCAAUCAUCAUCAAUCGAUCAUCAUGGAGCUUCUCAUACAGACCUUACAACUUGGUAAUGAUGAACAAAUUUCAACCGAAUUGGUCAAUUUUUUCACACAGUAUGGAAACACAACCAUUCUACAUGAUUCAUUACCAUUAAAACAGAAAUUAGUGGAUAAUCUCUUCCGUGUAUUACGUGAUCUACAAAAAAUACAACUUUAUGCAACAACAUUACAAGUUUUACGUAUAUUGACCAGAGAUAAUUCAACAGUGGAUACAUUAUUUGCAAAUGAUCGCAUUGAAACACUAUUACAUUUAGCAAUGUUAGUUGGUGAAGAUGAAGCAUUUAUGACUGAAAAUAGCCAAUCAUUUGAUGCCAAAAUUGUUGUUGAAGCACAAAAAUGUCUUUCGAAUUUGAUUGCCCUAUCACCAACAAUACGUCGUACUUGUAGUAAUAAUUGCUGUAUUGAUGGUAUAAUGCUUAGACUUCGUAUGCAUCCGGAUCCUAAUCUACCAUAUGAGGUGAAAUAUUUUGACAUGUUAAUGUUAUUCUUUUUAACUGCUUAUUGUGCCGAAUUGCGACCAAAAAUACGUGAUGAUUAUCAUGGUUUAAUCUAUCUGAUGGAAGCCAUUGAUUUAUUAUUGAAAAAUAAUGCCGAAUAUUUGGCUGAAAAUAUGCCAUAUAAAAAUAAACGUCGUUCAAAAGGUUCAAGACGUGGGAAACGAAAUAAUAAUAAUAAUAAUGCUCAAUCAUCGAAUACUGGUGGUGGUAAUGUUGAAACCAAUAAAAAUGUAGAUGAUAUUAAUGAAACAAUGUCCGAUUUACGUUUGGAUGAUACACUUGUCGCUUAUUGCCUAGAUGAUUGGGAGGUUAAUCUUUCCAUACAAGUCAUUAAAGUAUUGUUUAAUCUGACAAUGAAUAUCGAUUCUAAUACAAUGAAUGAGUUUGAAGAAGCUCACUUUUUUCGUCUAGUAUCAAUAUUACAUGAUCUUCUACUCUGUGAUACAAAAAAUGAAGAUCGCAAAGAAGAUCUACAAAGCCAUAUUGUUAAUCUAUUGACCAAUAUGCCUCCUCAAAGUUAUGAAGAGCUUUUAUCGAAAAUUGCCGAACUUGGUAAACCAGAAAAUCCUGAACAUGAAUAUAUGGAAAUGAAUCUUGAAGUAAUAGCUGCAUUAUUGGAUUUUCUUCGAAUUCGUCUUGAUGAUGCGGAUAAAUCCAAUGCCCUUGAACGUUUGGCACCAAUAUUACAAUGUUUAAUUCGAGCUUGUGAUGCUCAUCCAAUCAUUAGAAAAUAUGUUCGAUAUCAAAUAUUGCCACCAUUGAAAGAUGUACAAAAUCGACCGGAACAAGGCAAUACAAUGCGAAACAAAUUGGUUCGAUUGAUGACAUCAACCAAUGUUAAUCUCAAACAUUUAUCCGCACAUUUCUUGUUCAUCCUUUGCAAAGGAAAUGUUGGCCGUCUAAUCAAAUAUACUGGCUAUGGUAAUGCAGCUGGAUUAUUGGCCAGUCUAGGCCUAAUGAAAACCGAUUCCAAAAUGUUGAAUUAUUCUUCGGAUUCAGAGGAAAGUGAAACAGAAGAAUAUUCAUCCAAUGUCGAUAAAAUAAAUCCAAUUGUCGGCUGUGUUCAAGAGGAAGAAGGACCAAAUCCAUUAUCCAAUAUGACUGAAGAACAAAAAGAAUAUGAAGCUAAUCGUUUAGUAAAUGCUAUUGAUCAACUUCAAAGGAGUGGUAUCAUACAACCAUGUCGUAUCGGUGAUGAUGGUAGGCCACAACCAGUGGAACAUGUACUACAAUUACAGGAAGAAUAUCAACGAAAUAAUCAUUCAUCAAACAAGAAACAACAACAGCAUUCGGAUUCUGAUUCCGAUUAAGUUACAAAAAAGUGACAACUGAUUCUUAUCAUCAUCAUCAUUAUUAUUCACAAGUCAU